GUUCCUGUUCUCUUUCUUAAGUCACUUCAAAUGCUAUCCGUGGACGGGCGGCUCAUUGUCAGGAGAGUUGCAGUGCGAGCAGGAGGGAGAAAACGCAGGUACAGGUACAACAGCAGCAGCUGCGAGAAGCACUUCAGCCACAGCAUCACAGAAAACACACUCUGCUACACUCAGCUGAAAAAACAUGGAAACAGACAGAAUGAAUUUCUCACCAGCGAGAAGUCCUCCUCUCAGAGAUGAGCUAAGACCGGCAUCCCAGCACAGUUUCUACCUAAGCCCACCACCGCUCUACAUUAAGCCCCAAAAAUUCUCCCCUCCCCGAUACCCCAGCAUAUCACCCAGCAGAGACACAUACAGUGCGUUCAGCCCACCCGCUUUCUUUCCCAUGCUUGGCCCUGGUUAUACCCAAAAGGAAGGAUCCCAAAAACGCAAAAGAACUCCUUUCAAAAUGGACACCCCAGGAGGUGAAUCUCCUGACAGAGGAGCCGAGGAGGCAGAAGAAAGCAUGAGUAAGAAGACAGUGGAUCUCGCCCACAUUCCCUUCUCUCUCCGACCUCCCCCCAUUCCUUCCCUAUCACCUAAGCCCAUCCCCGGUAUGAUCGAACUAAACAGACUGCAGCUUCAUCACAGAUCACCAGGUAUGAAUCUACCAGUGCAGGUGAAACAGGAGCCUCUCAGUCCUUCCCCGGUUUGGCCUCCCUCUCCUCUUCUCCUCCACCCUCCUUACUUCCCAUCUCUCCACCACGGCCUCCUCCCAUACCCCUUCUUCAUGCCCGGACCUGUCAUGCACCUCUCUCCUGGUUCUUUCUACCCAAGAGAGGACCACCGCCCAAGGCAUCACAGCCGCGAUGGACCUCCUCGUGGUGGGACAACCAGUGCUGAAAAGCUUGGUCUCAACAUCCACGUGGAUGACAGUUACUAUGUAGAUGUGGGAGGAGAUCAGAAGAGAUGGAAGUGUCGUAUGUGUGAGAAGUCAUACACCUCCAAAUACAACCUUGUCACGCACAUCCUGGGUCACAACGGCAUUAAGCCACAUGGAUGCCACCUGUGUGGGAAACUGUUUAAGCAGCUGAGUCACCUCCACACACAUCUGCUCACCCACCAGGGCAUGAGGCCCCACAAGUGUCAGGUGUGCCACAAGGCCUUCACUCAGACCAGCCACCUGAAGAGACACAUGAUGCAGCACAGUGAUGUGAAGCCAUACAGCUGCAGUGUGUGCGGUCGAGGUUUUGCUUACCCCAGUGAGCUGCGUGCCCAUGAGUUGAAACAUGAGAAAGGCCAGGAGAACGUAUGUGUGGAGUGUGGUCUGGACUUCCCCACACUGGCCCAGCUGAAGAGGCACCUGACCGCCCAUCGUGGCCCCACCCUGUACAGGUGUGCAGAGUGCCAAAAGACUUUCCAGUACCCCAGCCAGCUUCAGAACCACAUGAUGAAACACAAAGACAUCAGACCGUACAUCUGCAGCGAGUGUGGGAUGGAGUUCAUUCAGUCACAUCACCUGAAACAGCACACGCUCACUCAUAAAGGGGUGAAGGAGCACAAGUGUCGCAUCUGUGGGCGUGAGUUCACCCUGUUGGCCAACAUGAAGCGCCAUGUCCUCAUCCACACCAACAUACGGGCCUACCAGUGCCACAUGUGCUUCAAGAGUUUUGUCCAAAAACAGACUCUCAAGGCUCACAUGAUUGUCCACUCAGACAUCAAACCCUAUAAAUGCAAGCUUUGUGGGAAGGAGUUCAACAGGAUGCACAACCUAAUGGGCCACAUGCAUCUCCACUCAGACAGCAAACCCUUCAAAUGCCUUUACUGCCCAAGCAAGUUCACACUGAAGGGAAACCUUACCAGACACCUGAAGGUCAAACACGGCGUCAUGGACAGAGGCCUGGAUGAAAGAUUGUUUAGGCAAAGAGGACGAUUCUGCCUGUCCACCCCUAUGGGCCUCCUCACCCACUUCAGCCAGGAGGAGCCAUUUGACCUUUCCCAGAAGUCCCCAGGCCUGCCCAACCUACGCCUCUCCCAGUCUGAUGGCGAGAGCGUCCCUGGUAGCUCAGGUCAGGAGGAGGAUGAGGAGAGCUUGUACAGAAGGAGUCAGUACAGCCCUGAGGUGGACCAACACGAGCUGGAGGAGAGGGGGCAGGGGUCUCCGGGUGAACUAAGGGCAGAGGAGAAGCAGAAACAAUUGUAUCAGCAAGAUUUAGAUGAACAGACAUAUGAGAGAGAGUCAGCAGCAGGGGGGAACUCUGUAGAUCCCAGAGGUGAGAAGGUGCGUCUCUUACAGUCAGAAGAGGCAUCUGAGAUGGCAUAUGAAUCUGAUUUAGAGCUAGGUGACCAGGUGUACCACCACGAGACAGGUCGUAGACAGUCAUAUGGUUAUGACUCAGAUGAUUCUGAACUAGAAGAUCAACACCAAGAGCUAGAUGAGCCAGAGCAAGACAAACAGCAUGUGGAUGAGUUUUGUGACCCAGCAAAGAGGAACCAGAGCAGAUCAGAGACAGGUGAAUUUAUGGAAGUUAUGGAUCCACAGGAUGAAGAAGAAGACAAAGAAUGAGUUGAUAAAUGAGAUAAAAAUGCAGGUUUUAGGUAAAUGGAGAUGGGGAUGUUCAGGAGACACGCCCCUGAGGAGAGAGGAAAGUGUGUAGGUCUUAAAAUAAAACUGAUUAUGUAAGAUGUGGUCUAAUAUAGUAGUGGUAUAGUAGCACAAGAGAGCAUUUUAUUACCAGAGCAACUGAAAUACAAAGCUGUGAAGCAUAAUGCAUGUACAGAACAUAUCAUACACUGAUGAAUUAAUCGCGGACACAGGUUUAACGUGCACUACUGUGCAUUAUGGUGUAGCUUUUUGUAAAUAUAAUGCAAAAAUGUAUUUAAUAAGAUUUAUUUUACAAAUCAUUUUGCAAUACUGACUCAAAUAUGCAAUUUUUCCUUAAACUGUCACUGUCUUGUUUGUGUACAUCUAUGAUAUUACAAUCAAAAAUGUGUUGUUGCUCAAACCAUUGUGCAUGUUUUGGGGUUAUUUUGUUAUUACUUUUGUUUAUUUGUGAGUAGUCUUGGGUAUAAUAAUGUUGUUUUUGACGGAUACAGAUGUGACAAAGCUUGAGUUUCUCAAAUCAGUUGAUUGUCUUUAUGAAAAAAACUGUGAUUUUGUUCUUUUUAUGUCUAAUGUUUAGGGUUUUUUUUCUUAUCUAUAUGCCUUGUUAGAUCACCUGAAUAUGAUUGUGCUAGAUAAAUACAAAAAUAAAAGCUUGAAUGCAUGAACCUGUUUAAAGAACCUGCAG